AUGGAUGAAACUGGGUUUGUUCUUGUGCCCAAGUUGAAAAAGGUCAUCGCGAAAAAAGGUGUACGCCAAGUCCAUAAAGUUGUGCAUGGAAAUUUACACGAACACAUUUCCAUUGCCCCCACAAUUUCGGCUGCUGGGUUGCACAUUCCACCUUUAAUUAUCUAUAAAGGUGUUCGUGUAAUCCCUGGUUUGUUAGAGGGUGCGCCCCCAGGGACUGUAAUGGAAUUUACAAGUACUGAAUACAUGCGCGAGGAGCUUUUCCAAAUGUAUCUUACCCAUUUUAACAAUUCAAUCUCACCUGCCCGUCCAGUCUUGCUGAUGCUUGAUGGCCACAAGAGCCACAUAAGCUAUACGAGUGUUGAUUUCUGCCGCCAAAAUGGAAUCCUUUUUUAUACGUUGCCGCCCCAUACAACGCAUGUUUUACAACCUUCUGAAAUCCCUUUCGCCAAAUUAAAAAAUAAGUAUGCUAAAGAGUGUGAUAAAUAUAAAUAUAAUAAUGGUAAGGUAGUAACAAAGCAUACUUUUGCACGAGUUCUUGGCCCAGCUUUCCUCGAAACCUAUACACCAUCAGCAAUUUGCAACGCCUACAAAAGUACAGAAAUAUGGCCAUUUAAUCCUGAAGCUAUUAGUCCAGAUCGCUUAAACCCUUCUUUAGCAACGGAACGAUUUAAUGUUGUUUCUUCAAAUAGUCAACCACUCGCACAACCGGCUGAGUCACCACCAUCCUCUUCAGAUAACCAACCUUCUACACAAUCGAAUGAGCCGCUUUCACAAUUAUCUACUCACACACAUCAGCUUCGCCUUACUCGUUCAAAUACCAUCCU